AUGUUAUGUUCCCGCAUGAACUGCUUAGACCACUUUUGUCAUGAAGAUUUUCAAUUAGAAAGAGGAUAUGGAAUACACAACCAUCUCUUGCCAUCACUUGGAGCAACAGUGAACCAUCCAAACAGACUCAGGAAGUACAUUGUUUUGCCAUAUGAUCCUCAUUACAGACUAUGGGAGGUGUUUUUGAUAUUAAUGGUUCUCUACUCGGCCUGGAUCUGUCCGUUUGAGUUUGCAUUUCUCCGAGACCUGCCAAGCACAAUCUUUCUUGUGGAUAACAUUGUCAACAGCUUUUUUGCAAUUGACAUUGUACUGACCUUCUUUGUUGCAUUUGUUGAUCAUAAAUCAUAUGUUUUGGUGGAUGAUCGAAAGAGAAUAGCACUCAGGUACCUGUCCACAUGGUUCAUCUUUGAUGUAUGUUCCACAUUUCCCUUUCAAAUAAUCAGCUUGUUCUUCAGUGGGCAUGUUAACACCUUCUGCUUCAAAAUUCUAAGUAUGCUGAGACUCUGGCGUCUGCAUCGAGUUAGUUCCUUCUUUGCUAGGUCUGCAUCUUCUUUAACAUCUUCCAAUACAAAAACAUCCAUAAAUAACCAAAUGAUUUCCUUAAGUAUCUUCUUCAGACUCGAAAAGGAUAUUCGUUUCAAUUACUUUUGGACAAGGUGCACAAAGCUUUUUGCAGUAACUCUUUUUGCAGUUCACUGUUCUGGAUGCUUUAACUACAUGAUCGCUGAUAGAUACCCUGUCCCAGAACAAACAUGGAUAGGUGCAGUGAAGCCAAACUUCAUGGAGGAUAAUCUAUGGGUCAGAUAUGUAACAGCAAUAUACUGGUCAAUCACAACACUAUCAACUACUGGUUAUGGUGACUUACAUGCUGAAAACACCAGAGAAAUGCUAUUCUACAUCUGCUGCAUGCUAUUCAAUUUGGGUUUGACAUCUUACCUGAUUGGAAAUAUGACAAAUCUUAUUGUCAAUGAGACCAGUCGAACAAAAAACUUCAGAGAUACCAUUCAGGCUGCUUCUGAGUUUGCAACAAGAAAUAAGUUGCCGAAAUAUCUAGAGGAACAAAUGUUAUCUCACAUAUGCUUAAGAUUCAAAACAGAGGGGCUCAAACAACAAGAGACACUUGACGGCCUCUCAAAGGCAAUCCGUUCAAGUAUAGCCAAGUACCUGUUCUUUCCCAUUGUUCAAAGAGUGAACCUUUUCAAAGGUGUCUCUUUUACAGUCAUUUUCCAACUGGUGUCAGAAAUGCGGGUCGAGUAUUUUCCACCUAACGAAGAUGUGAUGCUGCAGAAUGAAUCACCAACAGAUCUGUAUAUAAUAGUAUCAGGGGCAGUGGAAAUGAGAACAUAUGUGGAUGGGAUCAAGAAGGUUCAUGGAAGGUUAUCCACUGGAGAAAUGUUUGGGGAGAUUGGAAUACUCUGUCAUGUUCCACAGCCAUUUACAAUAACAACAACAGAACUCACACAAAUUCUUAGACUGAACCGAAGCACAUUCCUCAACAUCAUUCAAGAAAGCAGGCAGGAUGAGACUAUCGCCACAAGAAAUCUUAUUGAGAGGUUAAGCCUGCAUGAGAGACUAUAUCCUGGCAUACAGAAAAUUGAUCCAGAAGAACUACUUAAAGAAUGUUUCAAGAAAGAAUCCAGGAAUAGGAAUGAGAACUACACACAAGAUGAAGAUGUUUAUAAUGUUAGCAAGCUCCAUACACUGGAACAGAUGAAUGCAAGAAACAGUCAUGGAAAGCUAGAUAUGAACAAGGAUGUCGGCAAAGUUAAUAAGCUUCAAGUUGUCGUUAACAAUCAGAAAGUAGAUCAAGCAGAUAGACAAACUGUGUCAGAUGGAACAAUCAAGGAAGGGCACCAUGAGGCUGCUAAAACUCUGCUCAAACAAGAAACAACUAUUGAUAAAGUUAAUGGUAACAGGUGGACUCAAAAGGACAUGGCUAAAAAACAUGAACCGAAAGGUGGUGCAUCAGACUUUCUGAUGAGGGACGGAAGUGGAAAAACGUUUGUUGGGGAACAGGACUUAAGAUAUAGCUGCUCACUGAAGAAUAAUGAUGAAAUGCUACAGACAUGUUCGAAAAUUGGAGUCCAUGAAUCCGCCAAACGAGUGGUUAUUCACAUGCAUUCUCAAAAGGCAGACCCAGCGAUACAGCUGAUGCCGAAGAUGAUUAAUCUACCUGACACUAUGGAGGAGCUACUCAGAAUCGGUGGUGAAAAGUUCGUGGGAUAUCGUCCUAUAAAAGUGUUGAAUCGAGAGAUGGCAGAAAUUGAUGAGAUCAGUGUCAUUCGCGACGGGGACCAUCUGUACUUCCAAGAGUUUUGAUGAUAUCAGCAAAAGUGGCCAAGAGAUUAAAAUACAUAGAACAAGAGUUCGACUACAAAGCAUGUAACCUUGAGCGAUAUCUAUAACAGAAGCUAAAAA